UGUGUGGGUGUGUGUUUGUGCGACAGGUUGACUGUAUUGGUUUUAGCAGCAUUGCUCAUGGUCUCAGUUGAGUCGGACACCUUGAGCACAGAAGAAUGGAAAUCUCUGAGCAAUCCAAAGAGCAGAACGUUGUUUUUCCAGAUUCUACAGUCGUAUCUUGAUGGUCGAGAUGAAGCUGAAGGCAGAAAAAUACAUAUGACGGAAGAUGCGGACAGCAACCUGGCAAAUACUGCACUGGACAAAUACAACUUUCUCUACAAUAGCAUUUUUGAUGUUGAAUAACAUUACAACAAAUGUAUUAGAUUAUGUCUGUAAUUACCAGAUAUAUUAAACAUUAUCCUGUGUUUCAUUUGGUUGACUAAUUAGUUACUAAUACACACCACAAAAACAUAGCCACUUCAAUACCAG